AAAAAAAACGCCUCCGCCAAUGACUCAAGCGACGGACGGAGGUGAGAUUAUCUGGGAUUCUCUGCUGCAGCGGUCCUGUUGGGAUCAAGAGAAAUAAUCGCAAUGGGCAGCACCGACUCCAAACUGAACUUCAGAAAGGCGGUGAUCCAGCUCACAACCAAAACACAGCCAGUAGAAGCCACAGACGAUGCCUUCUGGGAUCAGUUCUGGGCAGACACCACCACCACGGUGCAGGAUGUUUUUGCACUGGUGCCAGCUGCAGAGAUAAGAGCCGUUCGAGAGGAGUCCCCUUCAAAUUUAGCAACACUCUGUUAUAAGGCCGUGGAGAAGCUGGUGCAGGGGGCCGAGUCAGGCUGCCCCUCUGAGAGGGAGAAGCAGAUUAUCUUGAAUUGCACACGGAUCCUGACCCGCAUCCUUCCGUACAUCUUUGAGGACCAGGACUGGAGGGGAUUCUUCUGGUCCACAGUGCCUGGAGCUGGGAGGGCCGGGGGAGACGAGCUGGACGACGAUGACGGAGCUCGACCGCUGGCUGAGUCGCUGCUUCUCGCCAUCGCUGACUUGCUCUUCUGCCCUGAUUUCACUGUGCACAGUCACAGGAGAGGCCCUGAUUCAGUGGAGAGCAUGCAGUCUAUAGACAGCUGUGAGUACAUCUGGGAGUCAGGAGUAGGAUUUGCACAAUCUCCGCCUCUCAACUACAUCCAUGAUCUGAAUCGGUCGGAGUUGCUGAGAUUAUUGCUGACCUGCUUCUCUGAGGCCAUGUACCUGCCUCCCUCUUCAGACAACAGCGUCCUCAAUCCUUGGGUGACGUUCUUCUGCUCUGCAGAAAACAGACACGCUCUGCCUCUGUUCACGUCCCUGCUGAACGUGGUGUGCGCCUAUGAUCCGGUGGGCUACGGCAUCCCCUACAACCACCUCCUCUUCUCCGACUACCGGGAGCAGCUGGUGGAGCAGGCCGUGCAGAUCCUCAUUGUGACGCUGGAGCACGAUGGAGGAGUCCCCCACCGCCCUCCCUCCCCCUCCAGCAUGGAGGAACAAGAGUCUGCCGGCCCUGAAAACUUAUUUGUGAAUUAUUUGUCGAGGAUUCACAGAGAGGAGGACUUUGAUUUCGUCCUGAAGGGUCUCGCUCGCCUGCUGACCAAUCCAUUAACGCAAACAUACCUGCCUAACUCCACCAAAAAGAUCCAGUUCCACCAGGAGCUGCUGGUGCUUUUCUGGAAACUCUGCGAUUUCAACAAGAAAUUCCUGUUUUUUGUCCUGAAAAGCAGUGAUGUGCUGGAUAUCCUGGUCCCGAUACUCUAUUACCUGAAUGACGCCCGGGCCGACCAGUCGCGCGUCGGACUCAUGCAUAUAGGUGUGUUCAUUUUGCUGCUGCUGAGCGGGGAGAGAAACUUCGGCGUUCGCCUAAAUAAGCCCUACUCCAUCCACGUUCCCAUGGACAUCCCGGUGUUCACCGGGACGCACGCUGACCUGCUCAUAGUGGUGUUUCACAAGAUAAUUACUACAGGCCAUCAGCGUCUCCAGCCUCUCUUUGACUGCCUGCUCACCAUCGUUGUAAAUGUUUCCCCUUAUUUGAAGAGCCUGUCAAUGGUUGCCGCUAACAAACUGCUCCACCUGCUGGAGGCUUUCUCCACCACCUGGUUCCUCUUCUCCGCCGCCCAGAACCAUCACCUUGUUUUCUUCCUUCUUGAAGCUUUCAACAACAUCAUCCAGUACCAGUUUGACGGUAACUGCAACCUGGUGUACGCCAUCAUCCGCAAGCGCAACGUGUUCCACCAGCUGGCCAACCUGCCCUCUGACCCCGGCUCCAUCCAGAAGGCUCUGCAGAGGAAGAAGAAGUCCCCGGAUGUCAUUUCCCGCACGAGCUCCCAGGAGACUGUGUCCAUGGAAGGGUCGCACCCCGCAGUGCCCGCCGAACCGGGAACACUCAAGACCAGUCUGGUCGCCAUGCCAGGCAUUGAUAAACUGACUGAGAAGUCGCAGGUAUCAGAGGACGGCACCAUGGUGUCCGUCCCAAAGCCCAACUCCUCGCACGCCGUCCACUCAGACCAGGGUGCCGCCGCCGGGACCAGUGACACCGAGUCCAACUCAGGCAGAGACAAUGAAGACGUUUUCUACACCGAAGCCGAAAUGGAGAGAAGACGUCUGUCGAGCGCGUCGUCCACGUCCUUCUGGGCCGCGACGCCAGAGUGGGUCAUGUCCUGGAAGUGUAAGUUACCCCUGCAAACGAUCAUGCGCCUCCUGCAAGUGCUUGUCCCUCAAGUGGAGAAGAUCUGCAUCGACAAGGGCCUGACAGAUGAAUCAGAGAUCCUGAAGUUUCUCCAGCACGGCACGUUAGUGGGCCUGCUGCCCGUUCCUCACCCCAUCCUCAUCAGAAAGUACCAGGCCAACGCAGGCACCGCCAUGUGGUUUCGCACCUACAUGUGGGGUGUCGUUUAUUUGCGCAAUGUGGACCCUCCGAUCUGGUAUGACACCGACGUCCGCCUUUUUGAGAUCCAAAGGAUGUAGACCUUGUGAUUAAAACGGGACUGUUUCCACUCCAGGGUUCAUCCUUCCGUCAGUCUGUACUGAUUUCCUGGUAAACCUCACUGUGUUUGACUUCCCACAUAAUCAUAAUGCUUGCCUCACAGAGCGCUCUUUGGGAAGGAGAGUUGUGAGGUCGAGGUUCCUCUCAUAUUCAGAUGUUUGAAUUCUCAAUAUCAUCUUUAAACAAUUGUUUGUACAUUUCUCCAGACCACAGAAUGUCUGUCAAAGCUCUCAGACGACGACUGAAGGACGAUGCUCAAGUUCUUGACAGCAUUAAAGCAAAAGGGGCAAAUAUUGUUUAACCUUUUCGUCUGACUUGUUAUCAAGGAUGUGAUGCUUUUUAGUGAGGAUUUGCAACAUAUCCUGGAUGGCACAGUAUUCACGUUUCACAUUAUUUGUUGUACUUGAUAUGCUUUAAAGUGAAACUUGCACCUUAUUGCGUUGUUAUGGAUGUAGUUUGUGAUGUUUGGAGAACAUAAUACAGAUUGUAUGGUUUUAUGUAUUCUGCUCAAGAUGUUUUAAACUGUAUUUUCGUUAACCUGUCCUCAAAAUAUAUAUUGAUAUGCAUCUA